AUGAUGAAUUACCUGCGGCGCCGUCUGUCAGACAGUAACUUUAUGGCCAAUCUGCCCAAUGGGUACAUGAGUGACCUGCAGCGACCAGAGACCCCCGCUCCACCUGCUGCCUCUCCGGGCCCCCCAGCUGUUUCACCAGAGCCCAGUGCAGGGGGUGGUGGGGGCUUCUUCUCAUCUUUGUCUAAUGCUGUGAAACAGACUACUGCCGCCCUCAGUGAGCAGGUAUCCACAGCCACCAUGGGUGGACCAGGGACCCGUGGGUCCAAAUUACUGCUGGUCAUAGACGAACCCCAUACUGACUGGUGA